AGCAAAGCCUGGAGAAGACGGAGAGGGAGAGCAAAACUAGAAAAGAAUCCAAUCCUUCAUUUUUUUCCUUGUAAGAUAGAAUGAGAGUAUGAUCCUGGGUGGACUUUAAAACUCUUUUUGCUUGGUUACUUGUUGUUAGGUUUUUAAGGAGGAACCACGCUCGGAUAUAGAGUAGACUCGUUAUACCUUUUCUCCAAAGUCCAACCCAAAGAGAGCGAGUAAUAGAGCAGAGGGAAGUUAAAGAGGGGGCUGAGCUCACGAGGCGGCUUCAGGCUCCUCCAGUUGAAUUCAAAAUAACUUGGAAGAUUCCUUGGCAUUGGUAGUGUUUAUUGGACGUAUCUCCUAGAGCUUUCAGCUUCAUUGACAUUAGAAAAGAUGACAGCUUUCAGCAUCGACAGCGUAAUAGAGGAGUUCGAGAUACUGACGAAGGAUGCCGGCCGGGUCCAGAGAGAGACCCUGCGAAAGAUUCUUGAACAAAAUGGUGAGACAGAGUACUUGCAACAAUUUGGUCUUGAAGGAAGAACCGACCCCGAGACUUUUAAGGCUCGCAUUCCCCUGGUCACUCAUCAAGAUUUAGAGCCUUACAUUCAAAGGAUUUUUGAUGGAGAAACUUCACCCGUUCUCACUGGGAAACCUUUAACAGCGAUUACAGUCAGUUCUGGUACGGCACAGGGAAAGCGCAAGUUUCUUCCAUUCAAUGAAGAGCUACUUCAGACGACGGUGCAGAUAUAUAGGAUUUCAUUCGCUUUCAGGAACCGAGAAUACCCAAUUAGGAAUGGAAAAGCUUUACAAUUCAUCUACAGCAGCAUGGAGAUGAAAACAAAUGGGGGCCUUCCCGCUGCAGCAGCCACAACAAAUAUUUACCGAAGCAAACACUUCAGACGCAUAAUGAAGGACAUCCAGUCUCAGUGCUGCAGUCCUGAUGAAGUUAUAUUCUGUCCCCACUCCGAUCAGUCUUUGUAUUGCCACCUUCUAUGUGGGCUAAUCUUCUCAGAUGAAGUGCAGUGGGUAUUUGCACAAUUUUCCCACAGCUUGGUUAAUGCAUUUCGAACAUUUGAGCUGGUUUGGGAAGAUCUUUGUCAUGAUAUCAGCCAUGGAGUUCUCUCCAGCAGAAUUACUGUCCCAUCUGUGCGGGCAGCUGUUUCAAACUUUAUUCCAAAUCCCACACUGGCAGAUUCCAUAUACAAAAGAUGUAAGGGAUUAAGCAACUGGUAUGGUGUGAUCCCAGAACUUUUUCCCAAUGCCAAAUAUGUCUAUGGCAUUAUGACGGGAGCUAUGGAACCAUACUUGAAAAAAUUAAGACAUUACGCAGGAAGCUUGCCACUGAUAUGUGCUGAUUAUGGAGCUUCGGAGGGAUGGGUUGGUGCAAAUGUAAACCCGAGACUGCCUCCCGAGUUGGCAACUUUUACGGUGCUUCCCAACAUUGCGUUCUUUGAAUUUAUUCCUCUGCUAAAGCCUGAGGGGUUGCAGAAUUCUGCCUCCAAUGACUACAUAGAAUCAGAGCCUGUUGGUCUUACGGAAGUUGAGGUUGGCAAAGAGUAUGAAGUUGUUGUCACCAGUUUUGCAGGUCUAUGUCGCUAUAGGCUGGGGGACAUCGUAAAGGUAGUAGGGUUCCAUAACUCCACGCCGGAGCUGAGAUAUGUAUGCCGGAGAAACGUAGUCCUAUCCAUCAACAUCGACAAGAACACGGAGAAAGAUGUGAUGGUGGCCGCCGAGGAGGCGGCCAAGCUCCUAGCAGCGGAGAAGCUCGAGCUUGUGGAUUUUACGAGCCACAUCGAUGGUUCAACACACCCUGGCCACUAUGUGAUCUUCUGGGAGCUGAGCUCGGAUGCCGGCGAAGAGGUUCUGAGCAGCUGCUGCAAUUGCUUGGACCUGGCUUUUGUGGAUGGAGGCUAUGUCACCUCAAGGAGGGCGGGUGGCAUCGGACCGCUUGAGCUUCGUAUCGUCGGGAAAGGAACCUUCCGGAAGAUUCUAGAACAUUGUAUGAGCCUUGGGACUGCAAUGAACCAGUUCAAGACACCCCGCUUUGUAGGCCCAUCUCACGGCAACAUCUUGCAGAUCCUGUGCGACAAUGUCAUCAAGAGCUAUUUCAGUACCGCCUAUGGCUGCUGAAAAAGCGAUACACCUGCUGUGUGAUUAUAUUGUUCUCUAUGCCCUCUCAGCUUCCCUGAAACUUUGCUGUCCUUGGAGAAUUUUCAGGGUUGAUUAUGUAAUAAAUGAGGGGGACAAAUAUUACUUUUUAAUUGCUGGCCAUGUACCUGCCUUUGCCAAUUUCUCUAAUCAGUUACAAUUACUUGAUCACAA